AUGACUCCUGGGAUCUGGUUGACGCUAACGUGGUCUGCAGACAACUGGGUUGUGGACAUUCUUUGGAGGAUAAAACUCACGAUUACUGCGGAAGACGCUCUCUCCCAGUUUUGUUAGAUGAAGUGAGAUGCUCGGGUAACGAAACAUUUCUCUGGGAAUGUCCAUCAGCACCAUGGCGCGAACAUGACUGCAGUCAAAAAGAAGCUCUGACAUUAACAUGCUCUGAGCACAAAAAGCUGCGCCUACAGGACCAGGACGGAGGAAGUCGAUGCAGAGGAAGAAUUGAAGUGUGGUACAACGGGACGUGGGGAACGGUGUGCUCCACGGAUCUUGAUGCCAAAUCUGGAGAAGUGAUUUGCAAACAAAUGAAAUGUGGACCAAUAAAAUAUAUUUAUCCUGGCUCAUAUCAAUUUGGAAAAGGACUUGGACCUAUAUGGUUGGAUGAGAUUGAAUGUACAGCACACGAAUCGACCCUUUGGCAGUGUGAGUCACAACCGUGGGGAAAACACCAGUGUGACCAUUCGCAUGACGGAGGAGUUGUAUGUGAGGAAUCCAACAUGACGGAAGGAUUCACUGAAAAAGCCUGCUUGCAAGAAAACACAUUCUCCUCUUUCCCUUCAGAAGAUGUUCCAUUGCAACUUGUUGGCGGCAGUCACAGCUGCUCCGGAAGGCUUGAGGUACAAGUUAAUAAAAGUUGGGGCACGGUGUGUGACGACUCUUGGGAUCUGGCCGAUGCCAAUGUAGUCUGCAGACAACUAGGAUGUGGCCUUGCUCUCUGGCCUCCCGAAGAUGUUAAAAUGACCCAGGUAGCCGCUGCUGUCUGGCUUGAUGAAGUAAAAUGCACCGGAAGUGAAUCGUUUCUGUCCAGCUGUCGUUCCUCACCAUUUGGUCAACACGACUGUGAUCACAAAGAAGAUGUCAUCGUUCUUUGUUCUGGUUCCAGAGUGUCUCCUAUUGAACGCGACAAUUCAGCUUUAGGAAACUGGACCCCAUCUAUCAUGGUUACUGUCUGCAUAACUCUUGGAAUUAUAUUCAUCAUUGAGUUUUUAAUACUGUUCACGAUAACGUGGAGACGAUCAGCAAUCAGUGGUACACUAAUGAGUGGCCAAGGAUUACCUGUUGACUUUUACCAAGCAAUUUAUGAGGAAAUUGAGAAUAUUCCACCACUCAAGAAUUUUUCUGAGAUGCAAGAUUCAGUUACUGGAUCCACUCAUUCCAUCAAUGAAGUCGAAUAUUACACCAACGACUAUAUAUAUAGUACAUGUCAUGCUCCACAAGACCCUGGAGAGCCCAAGUCCUAGAUUCGCUUGCAUCUGGCUUUCCGUGGUUUCUCUUCGACUGACAGUAACGAUGAAAUGAGCGACAGCAGUUCAGGAUUUCCAAGCCACUUGCAGCUCGAAUGGUCAACGGUUAAUUCCCAUCCUUCACAUCAGUCCGAUGAAGACCGAAAAACAAACUGUGCCCCCUUUUGCUUGCACUUUCUAUAUGUUAUUGUCUGUGAAGUACGCUGUUGUAGAAUUGUUCAAUAUAGGCACAAUAAAAGUUGCCGUA